CCAGCUCUGCCGUUGCACUGGGAAUUAACCCAGGCACGUGGUUAUCUGCCCCUGGCUUCCCGCUGGCUCUGUGCUGACCUCAGGAGACUGGCCCAUGCCCCGAUGCUGCAAAGCCAUCCUCAUGGGCAAGCCCCUUUAUCCCGCCCAGCGUCCCGCCGACCCCCGGCGAUGACCCAUGGGCAUGAGGGUUCCCUGUGCCCAGUCGGGGUCCCCAUGGGCAGACAAGCUGUGCUGGACUCCCCAGCUGGGCCCAGGGUCAGAGCCCCUCUCCUGUGCUUUGCUCCCCCAGCUGGGUGAUGUACGAGAAGCCACGGUACCAUGGGCGGAAGUGUGUGCUGGCCGAGGGGGAUGUGGAGAUCAGCAAUCCCUGGGCAGCCUAUCGGAAAGAUGGGGAGGCGCCCGAGAACACGCCCUUCCGCAUCGGCUCCCUCAAGAGGGUGGUGAGGGAUUACCGGCUCCCCGAGAUCAGUUUGUUUAGCGCCGAGAAUGGAGAAGGCACCAAAGUGCGGUUCACGGGCUCCUCGGAAGACACCCGGCUCUGUGCCAAGCCCUUGACGGCCUCGUCCAUCAUUGUCCACUCCGGCCUGUGGCUGAUUUACUCCAAGCCUUUCUUUGACGACGACCCCUACGUUUUGGAACCUGGCGGGUACCCCAGCUUAAAAGCCUGGGGUGCGAAGGACCCCGCAGUCUGCUCCCUGCAUCCCAUUACACUGGGCUGCCCGGUGGUAGAGAAACCUGGGGAGCCCAAGGCCGUGAUCUACGAGCUGGCGGGUUUCCAGGGCCACAGCUGUGAAGUGAACCAAGACAUCUAUGACCUGAACAGCCUGGGGCCUGGGAUGCCCCCGGUGGGGUCUCUGCGCAUCCUGGGGGGCUGCUGGGUCGGCUACGAGAAGGAGGGGUUCCGGGGCCACCAGUAUCUGCUGGAGGAAGGCGAAUACCCCGACUGGCAGCAGUGGGGAGGCUGCAGCGCCGCGCUGGGGUCCUUGCGGCUCAUCCGGACGGUGAGACUCGCCAGCUGCGGGGCUUGGGACCGCGGGCAGCCGGGCCGCCGCUGGGGGCUUUGUGAGCAGAGCAACUUCCGUGGCCGGCAGUGGGUGCUGGACUGCAUGGAGAUCACCAACUGGCUGCUCUACAGCGGGCUGCAGCACGUGGGCAGCCUCUACCCCAUCCGGCAGACGGAUCCACUUCCGGAUCGCAAACGUGGGGCUGCAGCUCCUGCUCUGCGUCCCGGAGGCCGUGGAGGACAUGAGAGCCGGGCGCGUGGAGGUCUCGGCCCUGGCGCAGCAGAGCAGCCCGGUCUGGUACUACGAGGAGGGGCUCAUCAAAAACCAGGUGAGGGGGGGCCGCGGAGACCGACGUUUCUCUCUUUCCAGAGACGGAUCCACUUCCGGAUCGCAAACGUGGGGCUGCAGCUCCUGCUCUGCGUCCCGGAGGCCGUGGAGGACAUGAGAGCCGGGCGCGUGGAGGUCUCGGCCCUGGCGCAGCAGAGCAGCCCGGUCUGGUACUACGAGGAGGGGCUCAUCAAAAACCAGGCUGCCCCCACCAUGAGCCUGCAGGUGAUUGGGCAGGCCGGGAAAGGCGCCAAGGUGGUGCUGUGGGCAGAGAGCCGAGUUCCCCGCCAGGCCUGGAGAAUCGAUUCGUUCGGGCGGAUCUGGAGCCAGAUGUUCGAGGGCAUGAUCCUGGAUGUGAAAGGGGGCCGAUCGUACGACCGAGACCACGCCGUCCUCUGGGACGUGGCCGAGGAACGGCCCCUGCAGAUCUGGGACAUACAAGUGCUCUAAGUGCCUGUGGGCACUGCCCCCAGCUCCCUCCGUGGCCUUCCUGGCCAGGGGCUCCUCAGGGCCCCCCGCCCGCCCGCCAAGGGGGCCAAGGGCCUUUCCGAGUCCCCCCGUGGGAACGAGAGCCAAUCGCCCGGACGUGCCAUGCGGUGCUCCGGGGCCCGUGGGCCGUGCAAUAGGGCGCCCUCUGGUGUCCAGAGUGGCAAUUUCAGGCUGGCUUCUGGGGCUGAGGCUCCCGAAGAACUCUAUGAACAUGAAUGAAUUCAGUGUCCCCCCCUCCCCCCCGCCGUAUGGGGUUGGUAUCUCCCGGGCUGCAUUGGGGCAGCUGACCUGUGCUGCGGUGGAA